AUGAACAGAAAUUUCAUUGCUCAAUCAAAAACACGCCAUAAACUUAACUCAAUGAGCAAGAAUGAAAAUGGGGGGGAAAAUAAAGCUACCGAUGAUAUUGAUGUUGAGGAGCAUGUCAAACAUUUUGGAUUAUUUCCACAAGAAAAUAAUAUACAAAUUAUAAGUAGCACAUUAUAUCCUAAAUUUUCCUCUAAUAUUAGUGGUCAUAAUGAUAAUAUUAAUAAAAGCGACAAUAGUAAUACUGAGAAUAAAAUACAUAUUUUUUCAACUACAGCAAUGAGUAACAUACAAAAUGAUUUAGAAAGUCUUGAUGAUUCAAUUGAUACAAAUAUUUUAAAGGAUAUUAUACAUAAUGAAAAAAGAUUGGAACUUAAAGAAAACUUAUUAAACGAUAGAUUUUGGUUAACUAAUGCGUAUGAGAAAUUACAUGGUAUAAAGAAAACUGAUGGGCCUGAUAGUAAAGAUAAUAAUGAAGAUAACAAAUUUGCAGAAGGUGCUUAUAAACAUGGACCACAAUUAACUGAUUUCCAACUGUACCAGCAAAGUGUAGAAAAAGAAGAUUAUUUAAGAAACAAGUUGAAAAAGGUUAUGAAAGAAAGGGGAAAUAUUGAAGUGUUGACUACCGAUAAUUUAUUUCAAAAAUUUGAUCCAUCUAUGGCUAAAAAUGUACACAAAAAGUAUCCUUUUAAUAGGUAUAACUAUCAUUUUUCUCAUUAUAACAACAACAACAACAACAACAACAACAACAACAAUAAUAAUAAUAAUAAAGGAAGUACCACCAAUAGUAUUGUAUCCAACACUAAUAAUUCGACAAAAAAUAGACCAAUGUUUGUCGAAAAAAUUAAAAAGGAUAUGGGUGAUAAGUUUUACAGAAUUGGUAACACCAGACAUUUUCACAUCAAAAGUUUUAGAAAGAAGAAGGAUAACGAAAAAAUCGAAAGUAAGUUGCUAAAAACAUUUUCUUCAGCAUCAAACAAUACACAAGUGGUAGAUCAGGACAUAACACCAUGGAUUAUUGAUGAUCAACCCGAAAAUAAUCUAUAUGUGACACUAAAGUCAAGUGCUGAUGGUGAUAGUAAUAUGAGUGAUAGUAGUGGCGGUAAUUAUUAUGAGUAUGCAUCAUUACCGCCGGUUGAUGUAAAUAACAGUAAUGGCAACGACCAUGACAAUAAAAUACACCGGUUGUUGCAUGAUCAUCUACCUUCCUACAAAUAUCACGUUCAACGUAAAUUGGAUAUAAGACAUUUACAAACAAUUGCCAUUGGUGCAUGUCUAGGUAUAGGUCUUUUUGUACUAUCAGGAAGAUCUUUCACCAUCGGAGGGCCUUUAGGAGCACUAUUAGGAUUUAUUUUAUGUGGGAGCGUUGUUUGUGCCACAUUAUUGUCAUUUUCGGAAUUGGCCACAUUGUUACCGCUAUCAUCAGGUUUUUCUGGAUUAGCAUCAAGAUUUUGUGAAGAUGCUAUGGGGUUUGCACUAGGCUGGACUUAUUGGUUCACAUACAUUAUUGCAGCACCAAGUCAAAUAGUUUCUGCGGUCACUUUAUUGUCAUUUUACUUUAACUCUAAAGACUAUGCUAAGAUAAGCGGCGGAUUUACCACAUUAUUUUUGUUAGUUGUUAUUGGAUCGAAUAUGCUCGAAGUUAGUAAAUUUGGCGAGUUAGCGUACAUUGUUGGGUCGAUAAAGGUUAUAAUAACCGUUAUGACGAUGAUUGUAAUGGUAAUAUUAAAUUGUGGAGGUAGCAAGGGUUCAACGUACGUUGGUUUUAGAUACUGGGAUAGUUACAAGAGCAAACAUUACGAAGAAAUAAUAACGUAUGGGGCUUUCAGACCCACUUUUGAUUUGGAUGAUAUUGGGAAGGGUGCUUUACAUGGUAUUGGUGGCGCAAAAGGUAGAUUUUUGGGUGUCUUAUUAAAUAUGGUUGGUUCCUGUUAUGCGUUUAGUGGGGCUGAAGUUUCUUUUGUUGCGAGUGGUGAGGCUAAAAAUCCACGUAAAACAUUACCCUCUGCAACGAAAAGGUCCUUCAUUACAAUAAUGAUAUUGUAUAUUUUAUCUAUAUUCUUGGUAGGUUUAAACAUCUAUAGUGGGGAUUCAAGAUUGGCAAGAUACAAGUUUUCCAAUGGUCAAAUCGACUAUGUGAAUACAGCAUGGCAAGUGGUUGAUGAUUGCAAGUAUAUUUUAAUAGACGGUACUAUUUCUCCGUGGGUUUUGGCUUUGCAAAAUUUUGGAUUAUGCACGUUUGCUAAUGGGUUUAAUGGAUUAUUAAUAUUUUUCAGUAUUAGCGCAAGCUCUUGUUCAUUAUACACUUCAAGCCGAGCGUUAUACACCUUAAGUGUGCAAAAUAAGGCUCCACGUAUUUUUUCAAGUUGUACCAGAAGUGGAGUUCCUUGGAUGAGCGUAAUUUUUUGCGGAUUAUUUGGUACUAUUGCAUAUUUGUCAGUUAAUUAUGAAUCAGUUCAAAAUUUCCAAGUUUUAACAGAUCUUGCCAGUUUGUCCAUUUGCAUUAUCUGGAUGGGGCUAAAUAUUUCAUAUCUAAGGUUUUUUUAUGCAUUAGGUAAAAGAACCGAUAUUAUUUCAAGGAAUCAUAAGGCGUAUCCUUAUAGGGCGCCAUUUGAGCCUUUUCUAGCAUAUUAUGGAUUAGUUGGUUCAAUAAUUAUGAUUUUAUUUAUGGGAUUUACCACUUUUUUGCAUGAACAUUGGAGUACUAGAACGUUUUUCUCGUCGUAUGGUGGGUUAAUUUUUUUUGUGAUUUUGUAUACAAGUUAUAAAGUAAUUGGUACGUCUAAAAUACAAAGAUUAGAUCAAUUGGAUAUGGAUAGUGGUAGAAGAGAAAUGGAUAGAAUGAUUUGGGAUGAAGAUAAAGAGUACUCUAUAUCUUUAAAGGAAAGAUUGAUUAAAAUAUUACAUUGGUUUUUAUAA